AUGACCUACUCGUGCAAGUCUAGCUUGCUUUUAGCCUCUUUAUCAACUUCUAUAGCCGCCUUAUCUUUUACUUUAACAAACUCUGCAUGUGAACAAAACACCGAGCCAAUUUUUUCAAAGACUCAAAACUUUCAAAACUUAUGGGAAAAUGGUUACUUAUGUAGUAGAGAAGCGGUAAAACAAAAACAAAACGUUCAUUUCAUUCGUUGGGAUGGAAACUGGGAUAAAAGAGAGGGUUGCGGUAACGGCGUUACUAGAAAAAUUUAUUUGGUCAGACACGGGCAAUACCACCUCACAGGAGAAGAAAAAGAUAAAAAGUUAACGGAGGCUGGUAGAAAACAAGCUAAGAUCUUAGGUAAAGCUGUCGCCGACUCCAAGAUUGUGUUCGACAGGAUUGUAGUUAGUUCACUAAAAAGGGCUCAAGAAACUGCACAAAUUAUUCUUCAAGAGAUAGACGCUUCUAAGGUUAAAAAAAUUGAACACUGUGAUCUUUUACGAGAAGGCUUGCCGUGCCCACCGGAACCUCCAUUUCAACAAGAAAAGCCGGAGCUUUGUUAUUACAAGGAUGGGGUGAGGAUAGAAGCAGCCUUUAGGAAAUACUUUCAUAGAUCUGUCUCGGAAAAAAGCGCAUCUCCUAAUAUGGAAACCAAUGAACUCUACAUUUGCCAUGCUAACGUUAUUCGUUACUUUGUGUGUCGGGCACUACAGCUCCCUCCGGAGGCGUGGUUGCGGAUGUCCUUGAGAAACUGCAGCCUCACUCAAAUCAACAUAUACGACGACGGACUAGUCACGCUUCAGCGGCUUGGAGACGCUGGUUAUUUCCCGCCGGAACUCCUUACAGUCUCGUAA